AUGACAGAGAAUUAUUAUUUAACAAAUUGCACUGCUGACUCAUUGGACACUUGGCUUGCGGGAGUUUUAACGUUUGUGCUACUUUCAUCCACGCUUAUGGGAGAGGACCAGACUUUAGACGAUGUUGAUUACGAAAGUGAAACAGCCAGUUUAUCAGAAAAUGAGAAAUUCGAUGAGGGACUUUUUAUUUUGGAUCAUAUGGAAUGGGUGAAAAACCAUCGAAAAGAGCAGUUUGAGCUACCCGAAACUGUUAGUGUCAUUGAUUGCGAGAAUCAGUGUAAGGUGUAUCUAGUGGGGACUGCACACUUCAGUCAAGAAAGCAUAAAUGAUGUGAAAACAGUUAUGGAGAAGACAUAUCCAGACAUUGUUGUGCUAGAGUUAUGUGCUAGCCGUCGCCAAACUUUGACAAUGGAUGAAGAAAAGAUUAAACAACAGUUAAAGGACAUUAACCUUCGAACUGUAAUAAAGAGUCAAGGUCUAAGCUCAGGCAUUCUACAUUACCUUUUGCUUCGACUAAGUGGUUACUUAGUGGAUAUACUUGGAAUGGCACCGGGUGGAGAAUUUCGAGCUGCAGCCAGAGAGGCAAUGAAACAACCUCACUGUCAUAUUUUACUAGGAGAUCGUCCAAUAAAUAUUACGCUGUAUAGAGCUAUAGAAGCUUUGGGUCCGUGGACAAAAUUGAAAUUUUUUGUUUCUCUACUAUUCAGUUUCCAACCUGUUACGAAAGAAGAAAUUGAAGAGAUGAAAAAGUCUGAUUUCUUAGAAAAAUUAUUAGUGACAAUGGCUGGAGAUCAUCCUGAAUUAACGCAUAUCCUAUUAGAUGAAAGAGAUAAGUAUUUAGCUCGGUCUAUCUGGGAGGCUACUGGGAUGGAAGAAUAUUUAAAGUUAAAGGCAUCAAAAGCUGCUACCACUACUACUAAUACUACUACUGCCUCUCCUAAUGGACCAUCAUAUCAUGCUGAUGGUGAAGAAUCUGUUGUUCGACAUCGUGAGAAUCUUAACCAAUUGGGUGAUAAUUUACCAGAAAAACCUACUAAAGAUGAAGGAGAAGAAGAAGCAGCGACAGAAGAAGAGACAAAAACAGAGGAAGGUGAACACUGUUCCAAUCAUGUGACCGUCGACAACCCUCCUCCAAAGUUAAGCUGUUGUUCUAACUGGCCACCGCCAAGUGUAAUACCAAGAGUUGUAGUUGCUGUUGUCGGCAUAGGACAUGUCGCUGGAAUUAAAAAGUUUUGGCCAGUAGCGCAUACAAUCAAUAAGGCUGAUUUGUGUGUACUGUUGAAACCUCCUCUAUCUUGGCGUAUAUUUAAAUGGAUAUUACGAGGAGUUUUACUAUCAACUGUUCUUGGAAUUGGUUAUGGUGUAGUACGGUGUUCUUAUACACUUGGAUCAUAUACUUACAGGCAAAUGUUUAUGUAAAUAAAUAAACUACUACCUCUCUAGUCAUUGGUGGUGCGUGCGUGUGGUGUUGUCGUCGCCGUCGACGUUGCCGUUGUUGAUUCUGGACUGUGAUUUCAUUCUGUUUCGGCGGAAAAUGCCUUUCUCCUUUUUUAAUCUGUCACAUCUUUUUUUGAUUUCAAUUGCUCUGUAUUCACUGUGUAAGUGGUAUAUAUAUAUACGAUGUCUUGGUUGUACAUUUCCUUGGUUAUAGGAUUUCUUUUUCAUAUGGUUUUUGAGAUGAAAACAAAAAGGAUUUUGUCUAUUUUAGAUGAAUCUUUCAACAAACCACAAAAAUAUAUCUACGUUUUAUUUUUGAA